AGCAGCCAUUUCUGCGCUGCGGCGAGUCUUUAUUCCCUAUCCUUCACAGGCGAUAGGCGGGUCUUUAUUCCCUAUCCUUCACAGGCGAUAGGCGGGUCUUUAUUCCCUAUCCUUCACAGGCGAUAGGCGGGUCUUUAUUCCCUAUCCUUCUCAGGCGAUAGGCGGGUCUUGUUAGGCAGUCAUAUUUCAGGCACUCUUUCCGUUUCCUUGGCCUUCAGGCGGUCAUAUUUCAGUCAGCAUAAUCCUGCUGGAUAUAGACGCUUGCUUGUGUUCAGGGACAGGCUGUUCCACGGGCAGCCGAUACGCGUGGCCUGAUCGCGAUCAACCAGCGGAUAGCGAUGGAAGAGGAAGAUUUUGAAUUCGAGGAACCAGUUGCGUCGCGAGUCGCUGCUACUGCCGAUCGCAUUAAGACUCCAACAGGUCGCACGAAGGCUGCCGCUGUGGUUUCGUCUGGAUCUGAUGGGGGAAGAGAUGGAGGGGAGGUGGAGGAGGUCGAGGAGGUGGGGGAGGAGGAGGAAGACGAGGAAGCGGAGGAGGAGGAGGUGGAUAUUUACCCCAUGGCGGAUGAUCAGGCGUCAUUCCCAGUUGCUGCUGUUGCAGCAGGCGACCAUGCCACAACCACCAUACUCACGCUUCGUGCCUGCGUGGAGGAGAAGGAGGCCGCCAUCACGAAACUGCAGUCACAAUUGGAUGAGGCGCAUGCGGAUCUGCACAAGUGGCGGACGGCGUUUCACCCUGCCAACAUCCUCGCGCCAGACACCACUGCUGAGCCGGCAGCGGUGGUGGCGGCGUUUGAAGGGGCGAGGGAGACGGAGGCGCAGCUGCAGGAGAAGCUGCUGGCUGCUCGGAGGAGGGAGGCGGCCAUGCUGAUCCGCCUGGCAGGCAGGGAGCAGGAGGUGGUCGCUGUGAAGGAGCAGCUGCAGCAGGUGCUGGACAGCAUGCAGCCUGCCAGCACGCAGACUCGCUCUCUGCUGCUGGAUGCUGCCAUUCACGCCGAAUUCAAAAGACUCAAGACCGAGAGCGAAGCCUUGGAGCGGCGUGUGCGGGAGCUGCAGGACGACCUGGCAGCGGUGCAGUUCACGCCACACAGCAAGAACGGCAAGAUGCUGAUGGCCAAGUGCCGCACACUGCAGGAGGAGAACGAGGACAUCGGGAGGGAGGCGGCUGAGGGGAAGGUGCACGAGCUGGAGAACAAGCUCGCCCUGCAGAAGCAACUCAACUCUGAGCUCAAACGAGGCUACCAAGAGCUGCAGGAGUACGUGGAUGAGAUCAAUGAGGAGGCAGAGAAGCUGGAGGAGACGGUGUACAAGCUGCAGCGCCAGCUGCAGCUGAGGGAUGCGGAGGUGCAGGAGCUCUCGCGCUUCAAGGCAGGUGUGCUAGAGGCAGAGCGCUCGCAGCAGCAGUUCCCGCCCCCGCACUCGCAGCAGCAGCUGGGGCAGCAAGGGCAGCAGCAGCAACAACAGCGGGGGUCACUUAAACGGGAGCGGGAGCGCGAGAGGGAGAGGGACCGGCGGCAGCAGCAGCCACAGGGGCAGAAUAUGCAGGGGUCCCAGGAGGGGUCUGAGGCGGAAGAUCGGGAGGGGCAGGGGUUUGUGAGGGAGGGGAGGGAGCGGCACGGGUUUAGGAGGGAGUUUAGCCGGCAGCUUUCGGGGCGGCCGCAUAGGGGGCAUGAGGAGGAGGAUGAGGAGAGGGGUUCGCAUGGGGACGAGCAUCACAGGCGGAUGCAUCAUCAUUUUGGUGGGAGGGAGAGGCAGAGGGAGGGAUCGAUUGGGGGUGGAGGGGAGAGUGGGGCGUAUGGAGGGGAGAGGAGCAGAGAUGGGAGAAGGCGGGAGGGGAAGAGGAGCUGGAGGGAUAGGUCGAUUGACAGGGAGAUUGAGGGGGAGGGGAGGGGUCGCCGCGCUCCGUCCCUUAGUCCUUGAAAAAACUGUAGUGUGAUGGCCAAUAAUGGGAGCAAGACUAAGGAGGAAUAGCCUGAGAUACGUUGUGUAUAACAUCUUAUUUGUGGUCCUAGACAAUUUAGCCAAGGUCCUACACAUGAAGUUCCAGAAA